UUCCGGGGGGGGCGGAAGCGGCGGCCGGUGCGCGGAGCGCGGCCAUGGGCGCGCGCGGGCUGGAGGCGGCCGUGGUGGAGCCGGAGCCGGAGCCGGGACAGGCCCGCGAAGGCACUGCACAGAGAGGGCCUGCCGAGGGCCAGCCUGUGGUGAUCCUCCUGGGCUGGGCCGGCUGCCAGGACAAAUACCUGGCCAAAUACAGCGCGAUCUACAGCCAGAAGGGGUGCACGGUCAUCCGUUACACAGCUCCAUGGAGGAUGAUAUUCUUCUCUGAGACCUUUGGUAUCAGAUCCCUGCAGACCCCAGCCAGGCGACUCCUGGAGCUGCUGUUUGACUACAGUGUUGAAAAUAGACCAGUUCUUUUCCAUGUUUUCAGCAAUGGUGGUGCAAUGCUGUACCGUUACAUCAUCGAGGCGCUCCACACUCACAAGCCGUUUCAGAACCUCAGAGUAGCUGGCACCAUUUUCGAUAGCGCCCCUGGCAGAAGAAACUUGCGAGGAGGCCUUCGUGCCCUGGCGACUGUCUUGGUCUCCAUGAACGUGCUGCUCAAGUAUUUCCUGCUGUUCACUUUUGCCAGCAUGGCCGUUGUGCUGCGGAUCCUGCUGUACCCCCUGACCCGCUUCAUCCACGAGAGCCAUUACGAUGCCCUGCUGAAAGCGCCCUCGCGCUGGCCCGAGCUCUACCUCUAUUCCCAGGCUGAUCUCAUCAUCAAGGCCAGCGAGGUUCAGCUCAUGGCCAAUGCCCGGCAGCAGCUCGGUGUUCCUGUGAAAGCUGUGGACUUCUCAGAUUCGCCUCAUGUCAGCCACAUGCGGGUGUACCCCACCUAUUACCACAGCCUCUGCACGACUUUCCUGUCUGACUGUGUUGGGAGCUCACCUCCUUAGUGCUCUAAUGACCUUCAGUGUUUGCCUCUUCUUGCUCAGCUCCUAUGGGAAAUGUCACCCUCUUUCCUUUUAUGUCUUUGAAACCAGGAAAGUAGAUGCUUCUUGUUUGUUUGGUUUGGUUUUUUUUUUCCCUACCAUGUACAAGUCUGAAAGCCUCCAGCCUGGCCUUUGGACCAGCCACAUUAGAGCAGAAAGUAGAUACAGAUUAAUUUAAAGUCCUGAAGCUGAAAUCCUGUCAUGGUUCAUGUUGAUGUACUCUACCAAGGUGUCACAGACCAGAAUCUCACACUGAGUAUUAUUUGUUUCUUCCUGUCUCUUGUUCUCUGCUUUCCUUGUUGUCCCUGAUAUCCAAUGUGCAUGUUCUGUUGCUUGUACUAAUUUUGCAAUACACCUCUUCCAUGUC